CUAUUGUACCCAAAAUGCAACGCGUAUCUUAAGCCUACCGCGCAUGCUCAUUUCCACCACCGAUUUUGUAAUAUCUACUUUCUUUUCCAAAUGUAAUCGUUCAGGUUGCAAUGAUGCAGCUAGAUAUGAACUGUACUUUAUCCGUCCAUGAUUUUGGCACUGCAAACCGAUGUUGACAUUUUUGCAUGCGGCGAGACCGUAUCACUCAGCAACGAGGGAUUUAUUUUCCUUCGCCGCAGUAGCUAGUUUAGGUGACGUUAUUCUCCACUAAUGUUGAAAGCAAGGAAUUAUGUUGUAACGUUAUUUCUGUGGCAAACAACAGUUGUAAACUGUCUGUCAGUGUCAGUCUGGUGAAUGAGUUAAUGGACUGAACGGUAAAGCGAAUUGGGGAGUUAACGUAGCUGUCAGCAACUUUGAUUUUGUAACGCCGUCGCUAACUAGAAGCUAGCUGGCUAGUUAGCCCUUACAAGAAGACAAACAUGUGGCAAAGCGUUGGUCUAACUGUGCUGGUUAUUGUGGCCACCCUUGUGUGUGCGUUGCUCUUCAUGGUGUUUGGUUGGUAUGUUGUCUGGCAGCUCUUUCUGUCCAAGUUCAAGUUCCUGCGUGAGAUGUUGGGCGACACCGGAUCUCCACAGACAGAGACCCAGCCGUCCGAAUCAAAGAGCAAGCAUACCUCUCCUCCAACCCAACGCCAGAGGCUCAAGACUGCCCGCCAGAGGGUCAUUCCUCCUGAAAACACUACAUAAUAAUAUAUGCCAUUUAGCAGACGCUUUUAUCCAAAGCGACUUACAGUCAUGUGUGCAUACAUUCUACGUAUGGGUGGUCCCGGGAAUCGAACCCACUACCCUGGCGUUACAAGCGCCAUGCUCUACCAACAAGCGCCAUGCUCUACCAACUGAGCUACAGAAGGACCAUAUAUUAUUAUAUUAUUAUUAUUAUAUAUUAUAUUAUAAAACACUACAUAGAUGACCACACCCAUCUGCUAUCAGUCUCACCCAGUCCCCUAUUCACCAACCCUCGUCACUCUAGGAAACCGUGGUGGACAAAAUGAAACCCCUUACUAAAUGGCAUGAUGUCGAAUGUCAUACUAUUCCCAUGUCCAUGCAUACUACUCCCCUUUCCACUACCAUACAACGUCCUCGUCGUAGACACUUGAUGCUCUACUUUUCUCUCCUGGACACUCUUACGAGACUACGUAUAGCUACUGAUGUUAUAAAGGCACAAGCCAUCAAAUCAUGGGACAUUCUGUGUACAACUUGUUCACGUUUCAAAUAUGUAUUUUAGCUGUUCACAGUAUAUGUACUGAGCAGCACAUCCAGUCUCUUCACUUGGCCUUAACUGACACUGCAACAUGGUCAGCUCUGACUGGCUGACACUGCAAUAUGGUCAGCUCCCACUGGCUGUCAUGCUGCUAACACCUGCACAGGGAAUCGCUGCUACACCUGCACAGGGAAUCUGUUUCUCCAUGAUCACACAAGUGAAUUCUCUGUCAUGACUGUGUAUGUGCGUUUUGAGAGUUUGUUUAUUUGAACAUGUUUUUGUAGCAAAGCCUAUACUCUGACAAACCUAGACAAACUGUUGUAUAAAACAGGCUCAUUUGUUAGCAUUUGCUUUCAGAAGCAAAACAACUGCUAGAAGAAAUAAAACGGAAUGAAACUA